AUGGAUGGCUCAACAAAGACCACUAUUGAACGAGACAACAAGUCCAACAACUGUGGUCCCCAACUUGAGUACUACAGAGGCCACUCAACAAACAACCAUCAGUGCUACACCAGCUCCAACAACAGAGACUACAGCAGCUACUUCGACCGCUUCAGGAAACACAAUUCAGAAUUCAGACAAUAUGUCACAACAACAACAACAGAGACUCUUACUGAAGUAGAAGUGGUGGUUGAGUUCAAUGACCAUGCUGCACCUGGACAAACCCCACAGGCUAGUGAUGUGGCAAAAACAUUAGCAAAUGCUGUGUCCAAUCCCAACAACAACUUCAACCUCACUGUUGAUCCCACUACCAUCCAAGCAGUGGUAUUGAACGAGACAAUAAGUCCAACAACUGCAGUCCCCAAGUUGACUACUACAGAAACUACUCAACAAACAACCAUCAGUGCUACACCUGCUCCAACGACAGAGACUACAGUGACAACAACAAGUUCUCCAACAACACAAAGUGCUUCUCCCACAGCAGGAAAUUCCACAAUACCUCCUGAAACAUUUGCUACAACAUCUCAAGCAAUCACACCUGGAACGUCAAAUACACCAAUAUUGACAACUGCAGCACCAACAACAGUUGCAGUAUCAUCAAGUUUUACUUCAGCCACUGCAGAGGUAACAGUAACAUCCUCAGCGGCAUCAACCUCUGCUUCAUCAACAACAACUACAACAACAAACACUGGUGCUUCUACAACUGUGGAAUUAACAACUGCUGAAAGAGGACCAACCUCUGGAAUUUCAGUGUCAUCUACUAGUUUGAUUGUGUCAACUACUAAUACAAAAAUUACGUUCCCCACUAUUACUACAAAUCAUACUACUACAAGUCCUACUAAUCCAGCUACUACUCCUACUACUAUUACUACUACGACUACAACUUCUACUACUUCUACAAUUCCUAAUACUAUUGCCCCUAUCACUCAUACUACGUCUUCAACUACAACUUCUACUACUCCUACUACUACUACUACUACUACUACUACUACUUCUACUUCCACCACCACCACAACGACGUUGACUCCCCCAGCAGUUGUACUUGUCACAGCAGUUUUGGUUGUACCAUUUACAUCACAACUCACUGACAGCAACAGCAUUGAAUUCAAAACUCUGGAACUACAAGUUGUUACAAUUUGGGACGUCAUCUACCGGGCAAGUUUUGGUGUUCGGUUUCUUCGUUCAUAUGUCAUACAAUUUAGAGAAGCUGUUACCAUAACCAAAUCAGCCAAUACUGAAGCAGAUGUGGGAAUUGUGUUUAAUACUACAGUAGACCAGGUCCCACCCACUAAUGAUGUGGCAAAUCAGUUAGUAAUGGCUUUGUCCAACCCCAACAACACCUACAACCUUACUAUUGUUCCUUCAUCUGUCGCAGCAGUUUAUUUAAAUCCAACAACAAAUGCAACAACAGUGCCACCUACACUGAACAGCACCACAGGUGUACAAGUGUACACAGCCACCAGUGGUACAUCGGGGCCUACUACAACUACUGCUGCUGUUGUGGCAUUUACAAAAAAGAGUCUUAUUUUCAAAUCUAAGGAGACAUUUACUAGUGACUUGAAUAAUCCAUCAUCCACAGCAUAUACAAAUCGAGCCUUCGUGAUAACAACAACACUUACUUCCUUCUAUCAAAACGCAUUUGAUUCCUUUAAGUUCUUGCAAGUGACUGAAUUCAGUAAUGGUUCCAUUAACAACAAACUGGAACUUAGUUUUGAUUCUGCAUCUGCUCCCAACGACACUGCGAUUGGGAACGUUUUGAUCCGAGCAGCUCCAAACAUCACCGCCUUUAAUAUUGACAUCACAUACAUUUUUGUGGAUGGCACUCAAGUGUCAAGUGGAAUAAGCCAGAGGAUCAGUGUCCUUACUGCAACCUGCCUUGUGCUUCUGUCAUGGCUGCUAUCAAACCAGUAAUAGUGUCAGUGCUGAUGUUCAUCUCAGAUCGCAAUCAAAACACUGACAUGAAAAAAGUUAUGUUGUUAUAUCUGAUUAUUUAAUACAGACUCAUAAUGUCAGAAUGCAAUGACAAAUACUGUUAUUUCAAUCACCAAAACAGACCUAAGAUAUACGAUAUUAUUUAAAAGCUAUAAUUCAAUGCAAUUCAAUUCAAUGAAGGAAAAUUAUAAAUGAAGAAACCCAUACACACUUUACACAUUACAAACAGAAGACUCAUCAUCAUCAUUAUACUUGUAUUAAAUGUCAUUGCCUAAAAUUGACGUUAUUCACCAUUACUUAUGUCAAACGUUAUUUUGUUUUGCUUAAUUGCCUGUAAAGAGUUGUUAUCAUAAGAAGUAAUAAAAAUGUUUAAUUAUUUUUAGGAAAACAAAUAAGGUCAACCUUAUGACCUAUUUUCUUUGUUGUGGAAUGUGCAAUUAAAACAGUUAACUAAAUGUUUUGGAAUGCAUAAUAACAGUGAGGGAAAUAUUGUGAAGAAUAAAGAAUUAAAUGCAUAACUCUUGUUUUAAACAAAA